AUGAGCCGGCCCUCGUCGAGGUCUCGAGCUCCGAUGAGCAUGGAGGCUCUCUUGGACGAGGAGAACCGGGAAGUCCUAGCGGCUCUCGACCGAGACAUAAGACGUGCCUCCAGUCCUGUGCCCAAGUUCAGACCGAUGAGAACUGCGACCCCUCCUCCACACGUCCGCAGUAUGCUCGAUGUCGACUCUCCCUCUCCUCGACGCAGCUCAAUAGCCGGAAUCGGCGUUGGCAUUACCAGUCCUACCAGUACAAGGAAAAGCGGCAAAGAGCUCGAUCCCACCGACCCCAGCAGCUGGACCUCUCCUCAUUCCAGCAAACCCAACUCUCCCGUGCUCACAAAAGCUUCCCCAGUCAUCACGCGACAGCGAGAUUCCUCGGAAAUUGAGCGCCCGGUCGGGCUGCCUAAGAUAGAAAAAGAUGACAAGCGUGGUUUUGAGCAGAACUAUCAAUUCGAUCUUGCAUCGAUCCCGUCCAGCGGGCCUGUGUCGCGUUCACCCGCGGAUAGCAAGAGACGUCGGGAAGGCUCAGGCGCGGCGAUGGCUGUGGCCCUGACAGAGGACUCGGGUUCUUCUCACGUCGGCUUACACGGCGCAGGGCGUGGAAAGCAGAAAUCUGCUACAGCGGCUGCCAGCCAUUCGAGAUCUCCCUCGUCCCCAGCUCGUAAGCCAGAAACUCCCAAGCCAGGGCUUCUCAGUCCUAAUAGUCCGCCUGCUCCAUUGACGACGAACUCCGGCACCGUAGUGGAUGACCAGGCUCAUCUUCGGUUGACCCCAGCGAAGUCGGGUAGUUUCUCGACGCUCACCAACGACUCGGACGACCCCGGUAGGAUUACCAAGGAUGAUGCGAGCGGUGAAGACGAUGCUGUAGAUAGUGACGAAGAUAUGAGCAGUGACGAGGACGAGACUAGAGGUCGGUCGGAAAGACGGAAGCUUUCCUCUAACGGCAGUGCGCCGGAUGUGAAAUCUCCUGCUUCGAGCGCUACUUCAUCACCAGAGGAUGUCAAACGAGUAUCACAUUCCCAGCAAUUUGUCAAGUCACUGCUGGAACCGUCGAUUUCAAUCACCAGUCCAACCGGAGAGAAGCUCAACGAUGGCAGGGGAGGGACAAGUACUCCGACAAGACGGUCGUCUGUGGCGUCCGCAACUGACGACGAGGAUGACGAGGCGGCCGCCAUCAGGAAGGCAAAGUCGCUAGGACUGAACGAAUCUCAGCUUGACACAACAGUCGCUGGUCGGCACGUGCAGAUGGUGCUGCGGGGCAAUUGGGCUCAGUUCCAUCAGGAAGCGGAAGCUGGAGAACGGACGACCAGGCUCUAUCUUCUUUGCUCCGAUCUAAGUGUUGAGGCGAGCUAUGCGAUGGAAUGGGUGGUGGGCACGAUGAUGAGAGAUGGGGACACGCUCCUUGCCAUCUACGCCAUGGAAGACGAAAAUGCGGCAAAGGCGACCGAAGCCGAAAGAGAGGUCCUGACUGCGGAAGGGAAUAAGGCUGGUAAAGACGCUUCAGAUGUUAUGGCCACCCUGACACGGCAGACGACGCAAGGUGGGGGUUCAAGUAUAGGAGUGGGCAAGGAAGCCAGGUACAUUCCAGCAAUUGAAGCAGAGAGUCUGACUGGCAGCGUCGACGCGAGAAAGGUCUCCAGGAAAGAAAUGGAUCGGCUGAAGGCUGUGGAAGCUCUCAAAAAUGAUUUUUUAAAGUUGGUGCGGAAGACAACGCUGCAAGUGAGGUGUAUGAUUGAGGUCAUUCAUUGCAAGAGUCCGAAGCAUUUGAUUCUUGGAGCAAUUGACGAGCUCGACCCGACACUCUGCGUAGUGGGUACACGCGGCCGCAGCUCUCUCAAGGGAGUCCUCCUGGGGUCGUUCUCGAACUACCUCGUCACCAAAUCAUCCGUGCCCGUCAUGGUUGCUCGAAAGAGAAUGAAGAAAUCUCAUUCCGGACCUUUGAUCAGCAGCUCCAAGAUACGCCUGAGGAACAACUUGACGGCCAGCAAUUUCCCGAUCAAACGUAAGAGUCUAACCCAGGCAAGAAUUGACUAG